AGACGAAAUAUGUCGCCUCUAUUGGUAGAUUUGGUUUAAAUAAGAAAUGAUAAUAACUCCCCGAUGAUGAAAAUAAGAGAGCGAGGAAUCGGAGGCGGUAGGAACGCAAGCCCACGGGUCCGCGGAGAGCGUGACGACGGUCCUGAGGCUACAGUCCGUCGGCGGUGUAACGGUCGCUGGUGUGCGUAGGUGUGCUCCGGGUUAGAGGCUUCUACACGUACGAGUUGGCCGCGUGCUUCUCUGUGAGGGAGAUCAUUUUGUAUGGUAGACUGGUUGGUGUUAGUUAUGCAGUGAGCGUCAGUGAGGGAGCAUGCUUUGGCGCAAGUGAAACAGCGGCUGUCAGUGAGUGCGCGCGCGCCGUCUCAGCUCGCUCGAAUCGGUCAGCGGUGUGUACGUUGACAUGCGCGUGUGUGCGUCUGUACGUACUCGACGAGAAGAUAUGAAGCAAAGGCGGUGGUGGAGAAGGACGAGGAGAAGAAGGUAGUAGUAGCAGCGGUAACGGCGACGGCGGUGGUGGAGCUAGUGGUGGUGGUAAUAGUAGGAACGGAGUAGUAUAGUGGUAGCGUGUGUGCGUGUUGCCUGCUCGGUUAUAUGGCUCGACAAGUCACAGGCAGUUCAGUUGAACAACUGAGUCCAUACGCGUGCAUAUGACGAGAAAGAGCUAGGCUGAAUGUAAAAGAGAGAGGUAUCGCGGCACGAGUGAAAAAGAAAGAGAGAACCGACCGCGCGAGACACGUAUAGCCAACAAGAAAGAUGUCAAUAAUUCGGUGGUACAGCGGUGCGCGUUUCUAUGAACCAUGAAUCCAGACGAUUAGUGCUCGUACGUAAUAUCGCGCGAUACGAUUGAUCAUGCUGCGGCGAAACUACCUGAAUGGAAAGUAACUCUGUCGGUGACUUUGGAUAAUAAUUAAAACAACAUGGUUCAGUGCGCACAAAAGAGCCGUAAAUGUGACCAGCGGUCAAGGAUUAUCAAUCCCCUGUAAUCCUUAAUGGUGCCAAGCCCUAGACAUUGACUAGAAGUACAAGGCAAUUAAGAAAGAAGAGAAAAGUGUUCGCCUAAGAGGAGAAUUUUCGGAGGAGGAUGCUCGGCAGUUGGGGCUGGGAAGAAGAAUUGGAGUUGGGAGAGGGAACAGCAACCCCGUCGCAAGAUAGACAAAGACGAGAGAGCCCAGACUCGACGCAUCCUGUCCCCGACAGCCGGGUGCUGAGGUAUGCACCCAGCCGGUGUCACCACCCUCCCAGCUUCAACUCGCCACAUUUCAGCACACAGCCUCCUCUCGACUGUACGGACUAGCAGCGUGAGGUGGCCAAAAUGCUGACUGCUCAUUCUGAGAUGCACGAAAAACGGGAUCCCCUUGGAGGCGGACAAUAUGGAGCAGGCGGGGGUGGUGGCGGAAGUUCGAUUGAAAAAAAAUCUAUUCUGGAACAACCACCCCCGCCGCCGGCGCCUCCUCAGCGGGAUCUAUCCGAUCCAACGAUCAGCGCUAAGAAACUUCCAAAGAAACGUAAAUUCGAUCCAUCGGAACUCGAGGAGAUGGACAAAAUCAGCAAUGUAACAAGCAAUAUAAACAAUAUGGUGAACAUUCGGGCACCGAAUAUGCCACUCGGUCAAUCAGGUUUAGUUCAGCAGUCAACCUUAGCAACUCGGCAAUCUCCACAACAACAAGAAUCCGAUUGUUAUCAAAUAUCCUCGGCACAUUCGGUGGUAGUUUUACCGCCUCAAAGUACAGCAGUGGAUUAUUCUCUUAGAGAAGAACCUUUACGUUCUCGUCCUCGGCCUGCUACUGUUGCUAUUGAUCUCAGUGAGUGGCGCGACCACAGAGUGUUAGCUUUAAGGGAUUCAUAUUAUUAUCCAGGUGUUAUUCGUAACGUUGUUCAAGGAGAGAUUUACAUAGAAUUUGACGGGGAAAGGAAACUAGUGCGUUAUACUGACGUUUUGGGUGCGGGAAGGUACGACGUUAUAGGCGACGCAAGCCCGUCCGUAGGGCAAGUGACUUUAGAUGCAAAAGUUUGUAUCAGGUGUCCAACAUCAAACAAUCAUUCUGAUGCGGCUAAAGUGUUUGUAAAAGGAACGGUGUGCAAGAUUUUAACGAAACCUAAACGUUUUGUUGUUAAGAUACCAAGGGAAGAUGAUCAGAGUGAUAGUUAUGUUGUGAAACGUGCAGAUCUGCGAUUAGUGCAACCUCCUUGGUGGGAUGAACUAGAAGAGGGAUUGGAAGACUGUGAUUCUUCAAGGGUUGAAGGAAUUGUUACAGAACAUGGCUAUCGAAAUUCUUCGGAAGCUCCAACAGCAGUGCCAAUUUUACAACUCCAUCACACUCCUCAACAUACAUCUCAUAUAUCAACUCAUAAUGACACAAGCAGUUAUUACAGAACGACUGGUACUAGUCCUCUCAUGACUUUAGGCACUUCUGCACAUUCUGCCAGCAUAGCAUUAAGUAAUGGAAAUCGACCAUACGAUGAUUUAGAAAGCGAAGAUGACUUAGAUAGGGAAGAUAUUACAUUCCCUUCGGAUGCAGAUGCAAAAUUAUCAGGAAGCAGUAAAAGGAGCAGUAUGCAAAGUCGGGGGAGUACCAGUAGUCUAGUUGAACAACGCAGUAUAACUCCUCGUUCUCAAGCAGCCACGCCCAGAUCUCAGGCGGCAACGCCACAUAGAUAUAAAAAAGGUGAUGUAGUGGCUACACCAAGUGGAGUUAGAAAAAAGUUCAAUGGUAAACAAUGGCGUCGACUCUGUAGCAAAGAGGGAUGUUCCAAAGAAAGCCAACGAAGGGGAUAUUGUUCUCGUCAUCUUAGUUUAAAGGGAUCUGGUCUUAGGGGUCCAACAAAUACGUUUCCUGGUAGUAAAAUGGAUGGCGAAGAAACAUCGAGGGACUCUGAUACUUCUCCAAAUUAUGGAGAUAGAAGAGUUGCUGGUCGAUUUGAUCAAGACGAAACUGAAGCUGCUAAUAUGCUUGUGUCUUUAGGAAGUUCUAGAUCAGCAACACCUGCCUUUUCGUCGCCAACAGGACAAUCUUCGAUAUCCCCGUGUAUCAAUCAGUCUCCAGUCCCACCAUUGGGUCUUAAUCAAAACAAUGUGUUUAUGCCUAUUUCAAGUCCUGCUCAUCAUGCACCUCCAUUGAUUUCGCCUGGUGCGAAAUGGAAGCAUUCACCAACUCAAUCCACGUUUCUUACUCAGUAUCAACAACAGGUGAUAAAACCUGAACCUAAUCGAGUGGUUAGAUCAAAUCGACCAGCUCCAACGGCCCCUGUCCCUGCUAGUAUAGGAACAAGCGUGAUACGAAUCUCUCCCGUAAGCCGUGGUAUACCUGGACCUAAUUUAACGUUGGCAUGGUCGGAACAAAGCCCACCACCGCGACAUCCGUCGGUUGUGACGACUAUAGCUCAACAGCAACAGGGCAUAAUUCUUCAACACGCACUCACGACAAACAAUGGUUUUCCCAAUCAUUCUGAAAUUCCAGAGCAAAAUUCACAAAUAUUAAAACAGUCUCACUCGCCUCACAUGCCACUGUCUGCGCCAGCACCGCAAAACUUAACUCUUUUGCAUAAACCUCUGGAACAGCCAGUUGAUUAUGCACAACCGCAAACGCAAAGCCAGCCAAUUUAUGUGAUGCAGCACCAGCACGAAAAAAAGUAUCUUGUGAUAAAGAAUAGUAUGGAUGUAUCCGCAGCAGGUCACAUAACUAAUCAGGAAGAUAAAUAUAGGCCAGGAUUAAUGAAUCACUUAGGUCAACUUCCGCCAUCGUUACAUCAAACGCAAUGUCAGCCUCCACAGUCACCUGCUGUUUCAUCCGUCCAUAUCGAUAAAUUGUCGGUUUUACAGCAAGCAAGCAAAGUGGCCACUCACGUAUCCACGCAUAUGGAUAUGCAGAGAAGUCAACCACCACCUACAAGCGUAGUAAUGACAACUACCGCAGAAGCUUCAAAUCCACCUACACCAACAAGCGUCUUCCAGCAUGUAAUCGUUCAACCUGGACAUUUGGUACAGAUUCCAAAGACUCAACAAUCCAGAGAAGAAAAUUCAAAAAACAAUGGAGUAUUGUAUGGCAGCCAUGAUGUUCCUCCUGUAUACCAGCCCCAUCCCCCAUCAUUACUGAAUAAUGCAGUGCGCAACUGGAAAAAAGCCUUUUCCUGGCAGACGACAGUACUGGAUCAGUCGGAAGUAAGUCCUCCUCCAUCUGCAUUGAGUCCGCCUUUGAGCGCACCGCCAAUUCCACUAAGCAUGAGUACACCUGGUGAAGACGGGCCUGGUCCAGGCCCAGAUCCUAUCACACCCGCCGAAGAAGAAGAUGACGAUGUCUUUGAAGCAGAACCAACAACACCUGCAGAAGUCGAGGCUAAUGCCAAUAAGAGACGCAGUCAGUCCCUUAGUGCGUUGCAUUCCAAAGAGCCUCAGAGUCCACUUAAAGUAAGUGAAAAUUAUUACAUUUAUUAUAAAUGGUAAAAACUUUAAUUUCACAAUAAAAUUUUACAGACUAAAGAUAGGAUACGCCGACCGAUGAAUGCAUUUAUGAUUUUCUCAAAACGGCAUCGUGCAGUGGUACAUCAAAGACACCCGAAUCAAGAUAAUCGUACUGUAUCGAAAAUAUUGGGGGAGUGGUGGUAUGCUUUAGGUCCGGAAGAAAAGCAAAAAUAUCACGAUCUUGCAUCGGAGGUUAAAGAAGCGCAUUUUAAAGCACAUCCGGAUUGGAAGUGGUGUAGCAAAGAUAGGCGGAAAUCUUCGACAACUAGUUUCAAAGGUAGCGAAUCUCGAGGGAAAUUGAACAGUACUGGCGAAGACACAGAUAUGGGGCCACCGACAGAAGACGUACCAUUAACGCCGAGAGGUACCGACGAAAUCACUGUUCCCGUUACUACAGUCUAUAACGAUGUUCCUACCAUCGAGAUUAUUAAUCAAUCGCACACACAUCGGAUAAUGGAAAUGCCUGUACCGGUCGAAAAUGCAGAACCUGAAAUAAAGCAGGACGAAGAUGGUAAUGCAUCAGACGAAGAUCAAAUGGUAAUCUGUGAAGAUCCGCAACCAGAAAUUGAUUUGAAAUGCAAAGAUAAAUUAACAGAUAGCGAUAACGAUGUACAAGAUGAAGACAUCGAAAAGAAAUGUUACUCGCAAUCGCGGUUCUCGCCUAUGAGUGGUCAGAAAAGAGAAGCAAUAACCGUAAAACAAGAAGUCACCUGUAGGCCUAAACCUAUAAAAGCACGAAUACCUUCAACAGGUAUUGAAACUACGACAAAGUACCAUCACGCAUCUAUGGACAAGGCAGGAACAGUGUCCGUUUUAUCGAGCACCUAUCCUUAUCAUAGUCCUGUCAAUCCGACUGGAGUAUCAGGUUUCCAACCUACUGGUGGAGCAUUCAUAACAAUGCCAAUAUCUCCGAAAGUUAUUAAACCGGAACCAGUGAAAAACGAACAGCAGUACAGUACUCAAUAUAGCAUGAGCAAUCUGGUGGCAAGCAUUCAUGAAAAUGGAAGGAACAUGCCUAAAUUUACAGCUGCUCCGGUGUUACAUUCUUGUGGGUCAAAAUCCAUGAUGGCUCUGUUUAAACAACAGCAGCCGUUGCAGUCCUUAGGCACUAUUCUUCGCCCCCUUACUUCAGCUGUCCCUUAUCAACCAUCGUUCACUCUAACAUUGCUCGAUAACGAUUUGGUGGCUGUUUCCAAACCGCAGCAGGGAUCGCAGUACCUUGGUCCAACACCGCCACAUCCCCGGAUGUACUGUGGUUUUCACAUCCCAAUCUCUGAUGCUGGCAACCGCAACAUAUCUGCGCAAGGUUUAGUUUCUGGUAAUAAACUGGAAACUCAAAGUGUUAUUGUGAGUAAACCUUACUCGGUUUCGACAACUUCUACAACGUCGACUUACCGAGGAAUUGGUCAUCCGAUAGCACGUCUUGCAGAACCUGAAAAGAAUGAGAACCAAGUAGGAAACAAUCACGCUCAGUUUUAUGUAACUAAUAUAAAAUCUGAACAAGAUAGAAAAGAUACAAUGAGUAUUCUUCUGCCUGCUACAAACGAUAAACAUAAACAGCCAUCUACUCCACAUACUCCUCAUACACCUCUCAGUAAUCACGGUAGUAGCACUGACGUCUCAGCAAAUAAAUCAUAUUCGAUGGAUGAAGGCCAAAAUAAUGAUAUAGGUCCAACCAAAGGUCCAUUCAUGCUUGCCCCAACUCCGGCACAACUUGGUCGAGCACCAUUACAAAGGAGACAAUCAAUGGCAAUGCCUCCCACAUCGAAUGCAGGAGACCAUGGGCCUCUGACGUCUCAGCAUUGUGACAAUCGUCCACAAACAAACACAUCUCAAACCACAGAACAGAUACAACAGCAACAAAAUUUUUCAGAAUCUCAUGCGUCGCCUUCGCCAUCCACGAAAAAGGGAUCUUUCUUUAAGAAAAACGUUGAAGAUGGAAUGGACAGAGUUCUCGAACAAGUUAAUUUCCAAGAAAAAUUCUCGUCCUUGCCGGAAUUCAAGCCAGAAGAUAUACAAAGUCCAAGCGCAAUCAGUAUCAAUACAGCAGGAUCAUCUGGUCACGGUUCAGUAGUAACGACAGGCUUGCAUUCAUCAAAUUUACAAUCGUCGAUGCAAAUGCAAAGUUACCGAAAGAAAUCUGCGCAAGGACCUCAUAGGCCUACAAUGAAUGAGGAGGACAUUGAGUCAGAUGCGUCAGUGUCCGCUACUCCAAAAUCAACUUCCAGUGUCAAGUUGACGGGAAACACAUUCUUUGGUCCAGAUUUUAACGUUGAUGCGUAUAGAACUAACAGCGACAUAGUAGGAGACGUUGACGCUAAUUCUCCUAGAACGCCAAAGACACCUGGAGGAGGUGCUGUAAACUCAGUCGGAAUUGGUAGAAGUGAGAAUGAACGUGGCCAUAGAAAAGUGUUGGAACAACGUCGGCUUCUUGUAAUGCAACUGUUUCAAGAAAACGGUUACUUUCCUUCGACGCAAGCAACCACAGCUUUUCAAACGAAACAUUCGGAUAUAUUUCCUAACAAGUCGAGUUUGCAAUUAAAGAUCAGAGAAGUUCGACAAAAAUUGAAAGCUAAUUCAACGCCAAUGAGUGCUAACAGUCUAGUUAGUCCAUUACCAGUUUCCGAACCUUCACCCAACGUGACUGGACCAUUGACUGCUCCACCUACAUCGAUGGGAGCUCCACAUUCACUGCCUGUAAGCAGUAGUGGUAGCUAGCACCCACGUGCCAACUGUGAUACUAUGCAUCCCCUUACUCCACAGCACGAGUACAUCAUUAUCCAUUGAAAAGGAAAGUUUUAUUGGGGAAAUUGUUGAUGUACAAGUUUUUGCGAGUUGUAAAGUGCUGCAAGGCUUUAGUGCAAUUCAAACUUUGAUGUAACCUGUUGCAGGUAAUUUAGACAGGCAUAUCAAGGUGAGUUGAUGUACACAUAUCAGUAAAUCUUUCGUAUUGUAUAUAAAAGUAAAAAAGCUGGAUAGGAAUCGAGUGGUUCUCAACAUUGCUGACGUUGACUCAAUGAUCGUGUGUUCGAAUAUCUGUGUUCCAUUGGAUAAUGAUAUGUAAAAUUGUGAAAUGUUCGCCUGGUAAAGAAUUUACUGUAUUUUAGCAAACGAUAACGUUCAUUAGAAAAUUAGAGGCUCAACUUACAGGCUUAAUUAUAUUAUAUUGUUUGAUAACAAUAUGAAAAACAAAUAAUAUAAUCUCAUAUUAACUGUUUCGAGACGUGUAAUUUGAAGAGAAAGCUUUCUUCUCUCCGAAGGAAAGACAAUACUAUUCUGCAUUCUAAAUCCAAAGAUGACUUAUAGAAGAGGUUAAUGAUAGAAAUGCGGAAACUAUUUUACUACGUUAUGAAAAUCAUAGUUACUUGUACAAUUGCAAAUACGUGACCGAUAUUUGUACAUCGAAACACCUUGGCAGGAUUAUGGAAGGCCUAAGCCAUUGUUAAACAUUGUUAAAAAUGCUAUGAGAUCCAGGUAGAAAGAAAUAGAGAGUAUGUGUGAUAUAGAACAAUGAAGUUGCGCGCAUGUGUAGAUGUGUCUGGGUGUGCUUGAAAGAAAGAAGAAGAGAAAAUCGUAAUUAGAGAAUAUUAGAAUUAAUGAAGCAUUAUAAAAUGAAAUCAGAGUUUAUAUACUUUAGUUAUACUUUAUAUAUGAUAUAGAUGAAAAAGAAAAAAACUAUAGAAUGAAAACUGCGAUAAAUAUUGCACAAAAUUUAUGUAAUGCAGUAACAAAUAUGUUUAUUUUACUUGUAUAUACUAUAGCAUGACUUGGAAUGGGAGAUAUCUGGAGAGUUUGAAGUAUCUAUGAUGCUAUAUGUCUGAAAAUUUUAAGGCGAAAGCAUUCUUUGGUGAUACAUAGAAUAUAACAGUGGAGAUAAAAAUCGUGCCAUUGUGCGGCGACAAACAAGGCAAUGCAUGCGUAAUAAGUCCCUUAAAUAGUAAAGAAUUAAUUGUUAGACACCACUUGAUAUAGAUAAUAUCUAAUAUGUUUCCAAUAUUCUUGAAAGUACUUAUCUACUGUUUUUAGAACUCUGCUGAAAUUCAACGCGUUCCUCGUAUAUGCAUUUUAUAAAUAUUUUAAAAUUGGUCUGCUUGUUUCUUUAUUUCUUCCUUGGCCAAUUUAGUUGUAAGCGGUUUUAUACAGGCCGUAUUUUUUUUUUAUUUCUUUUUUUUUUGGCCCUGACAAAUUUAUUUGUUUUUAUCUUCAGCUUAAUUGCCAAAUGCGUGUAAUUUAACAAAGAUAAAAUAUAUUUGCAAAUCGAGAAAUGAAUACACCGAGCGUCGAGGAAUUAACGUUAAAUCUAUUUGAAUACGUUGUUGCGAUUCGAUUUUUUGUUACUACGUUUUUACUGGAACUCGUUGUUCAUUAUGCAAAUUCUAUAUUGUAUUCCAUUUAUUUUAACGCAUUUUAUCGAUAAAAUGAUUAUAUUUUUAUGUUACAGAGGUUUUUGAAAAUUAUCUUAGGCAAUGCGCUGAAUUUUAGCAGGGAUUGUUGAAUUUGGCUGUAAAAUAGAUUAUGUAAUUAGUGAUAUGUUUAUAAAAAGCGCACCUUGAAAGGUUUAAAGUCUCGCGCCACGGCACGCAUAUUGUAGUUAGGAUAGGAACAAUGUCUAUUCUACAUAUUUUGUAAAUAGAAAAAAAUACAAUACACUAACUGAAUAUAUAUUAUAAAAAUCUAGGGUAAAUCCGAAGUGGUAGAAUAUAACAUUGUAAUUUGUAGAAUAAUAAUUAUAAUGAAAUUGCGCGGACAGGAUUAGGAUACAACAAUUACAGAUUGUGGGCCUUCGUAUGUCGUGGACUUUUGCGCACGGGACGGUCCCCCCACCCUCCUCCAAAGUUAACCCUUUCCUAAAGUGUUAGGAUAUUAUUAUUUGUAUAUAAUAUAAUUACAUUAAUCUCUUACCAUUUCUCGAUUUAUCAUUUUUUUUAUGGAGCGUUAAACGCACCGGUGGCAAGCAAUAACUUAAGGAGAAGAGACACUUGAAAUCUGCACUGAUCACUUCUGUGAGAAAAAAAAAAAACGAAAAAGAAAAAAAAAUUAUUUUCCUCCAGAUGGAAAUCUUUUUCUAAAACUGUAUUUAUUAUUUAAAAAUAUAAUUUAAUGUUUAUAUUCAAAGUGUUCAUCGGUGAAACUUGUUAAAAAAUAUUAUACCUUUUAAAACAACAAUGUUCUCGAUUGAUAGAUCGUAAGGUGUUUUGUAUCCAUCGUUGCAUCUAUUUUAUUAUACAUAGUAUUUUAAAAAUCGCUACGUUAUACUUGACAAUAAUACGUGAACGAAAAAUUUCAGCGCACUUAUGAUUUACAAUACGCUAGAUCCAUUUAAACAAAAACUUUUUUUUAAACCGAUGUUAUAGAUUAUAUCGAACCACAAGUUUUCUUGACCCGACGG